CCUUCAUUUUAGGUCAUUGAAAGGGACUAUGGCAUGGACGAUAAAGACCCUAUCCAACAUGUUCAUUUCUACAGCAAAUCUGACCUUAACAAGGCAAAGGCAAUGCCCAAAGAAAAGGAAUCCAGGAUUGGCACAAAGAUCUUUUCUGAGCAGCUGAUCAGGGUCUUCUGUAAGAAGAUUGAUGACGAGAGUGUGGAGGCUGCCAAAAAGCACUUUAAACAGUGGCUGGAGAGGAAUCCAUAUCUGGAUGGAUCUGAGGGUAAUUAGAAGUUGAAACCAUGGAAAUGACUCAACAAUAUGAAUAACACUGAAUUAUUCAUUCAGACCCUGGACUCAAGUUUUUUCUAGCUUUUAUCAUAUACGUACAUGUUGUAUUAUUGUUUAUAAUUCAUGUUGACUCCCUUCUCUAUCUGCCAAGUUGUAUGGCAGAUAACAUGUUGAUGUUCCAACAACAUACAACAUGUUUUUAUUCUGAGGACAAAGAUAAAUCAUAAUAUAUGAUACCAUUCUGUACAAUUACGGGGCCUGCAGUCAAUAUGAAACAGUAUCAUUGGCCCAUUUAAUUCACUGUGUUACGCUUCUAUCGACUCACACAGAAAACCCAUUCAAAAUUUGACAAGGAAAAUAUAUAUCAGUUGUAAAGCCAUAUCUCAAAGAUCACUGGAUCUGGAUCGCUUCUGGAUUUGAAUUUCUGAUCUCUAAACUGAUACAUAGACACACAUGACACUGGAUACUUACACAGCUAGCAGCUGUAUGGCUGUUGAAUACCAUUUAGGUAAAGAAAGCCAUUAUUGAAAUCCAACAAUCAUUGUCUCAAACUGAAUAUAUAAACUGCAUGUUUCUGAAUUGAUUCA